AUGGAACAAACUGCUAAUUAACCAGCUAACUUCAAAGCAUGUAGCAUUUGUGGAAAAGAUAUAGAAGAACCUAAAUAUAGGAUACAUGAGGCCACUUGUGCUAGAAAUAACUUUAAAUGCUAGGAUUGUGGAGAAAUAGUACCUAAAGCAGAUAAAGAUCAUCAUAUUACUGAGUUCCACACACAGACACCUUGUGAGUACUGCAAGACUUUUACUGCAGAUAAGAAAAGCCUGGCAGGUCACUUAAAUAUGUGCAGUAUGAGACCAAAGUAGUGCUUAUAUUGUGAGAUGAAUUUAGGUGGAGAAAAGUAUCUAGAACAUCUAAAUUAUUGUGGCAGUAAAACUAAGAGAUGUGACUUAUGCAAGUAGAAUGUAUAGAAUAAAGACUUGACUGAACAUGAAGAUGGUUAAUGCAAGUUUUAUCAGGAGAUUGAGAAGUAAAAAGUUCAAAGGGAACUUUUAUAGUUUUAAGAAGAGCAGUAAAGAAAGGCUGCAUAAUAGAAAAUAGAGUAACAUAGAUAGAAUUAGUUAAACAAGGAAAAGGAAUACGAGAGGAGAUAAUUAGAGCAGAGUGUGCCUUAACAAUUCCAAAAUAAAGUGAUUUCCGAAAAUAUUGGAGGAGGAAUACCUCAAGCCAGAUCAUAAGCAACAUCUAGAAUUCAAGGACCAGCAAAUACAGGUGCUGGCAUUGGAGGAGGAAAUGAUUAAUUUGAUGAAGAUCAAGAAAUGAUUGCUCGACUUUUAUAAGAGGAAUUAGAUGCUGAAGAAGCAGCUAAAUUAGCAAAUGAAUAACAUUCACCUGGCUAGUAACGUCAUCAAUAAAACAUGGGUUAUGAUGAAUAUGGCAAUGAAGCCUAUGAUAAUGUUAGACCACCAACAGACAUUUAUGAAGAUUAAAUGAUCGGAGGCCCUCAAAGUAUGAAUUUCCCUUAAAGUCGCGGUCAAACACACACUUAUACAACUUACCAUCCCAGUGGCUUUGGAUAGACAACAACUACCACUUUUUCUAGCUCAUUUAGUGUAGGUCCAAACGCCAAUAUAAAUAGACCAGCAAACAGAUUUGAGCCAUUAGCAGAGGAACAAAAUUAUCAUGAAGAAGACUCACAUAUGGCAAACGAUUUUAACGAUGAUGAAUAACUAAACAGAGCUAUUGCUGAGAGUAUGGGCAUGAAUGCAUAAAUGGGGGUUCAUGGAUAAGGUAUAGGUAUUGGAGGAGGCGGUGGCGCAGUCCAGCAAAAUAAUGUAGAUGAAACAGAAGAAGAAAUUCUUAGAUAAAUUUUAGAGCAAAGUAAAAAUGAGAUGUGA